GCAUUGAGAGGAUUGAAGUGGCGUUCUAAGGUCAUUUAAAAUCAUGACAAGCUCAGUUGGACAGAAAAAAGUCUCUUCAAGACAAAGGAAGUGUGGGUUUUGUAGAUCUAAUAAAGAUAAUGAAUGCGGACAAUUAUUGAUGUCAGAAAACCAGAAGGUGGCAGCACAUCACAAAUGUAUGCUCUUCUCAUCUGCACUGGUAUCUUCACACACUGAUAAUGAGAGUCUGGGUGGAUUCUCUAUUGAAGAUAUUCAGAAAGAAAUAAAGAGAGGUACUAAACUGAUGUGCUCUUUAUGCCAUUGUCCUGGAGCAACCAUUGGCUGUGAUGUGAAAACAUGUCACAAGACAUAUCACUACUACUGUGCUUUGCAUGAUAAAGCUCAGAUACGAGAGAAACCCUCACAAGGCAUUUACAUGAUUUUAUGUCGAAAACACAAGAAAACUACGCAUAACUCUGAAG